AUGCAGUCGCGAAUACUCCUCCGGCGGGUGCUCGUCUUGCCGCCUGCGAAGCCUACGGCGGCAUCAUCCACAGGCGCAACCCGCUUCUUCACCCGACACACGAACCUAAGCUCCCAGAACCGGCCACAGCUGCCCUUUCUCUCAGUGCCGCUGGCGCGUCGGAGCCAGCAGUUUCGGUACCUGACCACGGAGCGCAAGCGAUGGCUGGCCUACGAGGUCUUCCUCGGCUUCAAGUACAUCGUCUACACUUGGGCCAUCGGGGCCUUCCUUCUCGUCGCCUACUACAGCAUCCAGCAGGAGUGGCUCGAGAGGCGGUAUCCCAGCCCGCACGAAUGGCGCUUCGUCACACGCCUACGCUUCCGCCUCAUGCGCUGGGGCCCGGACCGCAACGACACUCCCGAGCCCAACUGGGUGCAGAUUGCCAACUACGCCAAGAACAUCCUCGAGCGGCUCGAGGACCCGAAUGUGGACGGUGCCGGCCUGCAGGACCUGACUGAGGGCGGCAUGUAUAUUGAUGGUAUUGGCAAGUCCGGCUACGAUGUCACAGCCAAGUCUGAGCCGUGGCAGAGGGGUUACUACGAGGUGCUCAUGUGCUGCGCCAAGGCCGCCGAGCAGCUCGACAACCACGUCCUCGACACGAAGCGCGGCGUCGUCUUCCCGGCCGACCAGGUCUACGGCCCGUCGAACCCGAAUCCCAAGCCCAUCCCGCCCGGGUCGCCGAGCGCGCCGCACGAGGAUGACUGCGAGCCCUUCUACGAGCCGCCCGAGACUUUCUAUAUGCGGAUCCUGACGACGCGCGGCUUCACCAGCCGGCAGAAGAUGGACGCCGCGCUCGAGUACGCGUCGUGGCUCGACUUCAAGGGCAUCCCCGAGGCAUCCGAGCGCAUGUACGAGUGGGCGCUGCAGCUGGCCACUGAGAACACACUCCCUACGGCGCUGCCCUACAACACCGAGACGUACGUCCUCGAGGACGGCGCUGCGAAGCCAUCGGCGAACGUCCUGACGUCGCUCACCGCACUCGCGGCGCACAAGGCGCGCAACGAUGAGAUCUCUACGGCACUACCUAUCCUGGUCUCGAUCCUGCGCGCCCGUCGCUCGCUCUCCACUGCCUCUCCUACUGGUUCUUCGAAUGCUAUGACACCCGAAGACACGAAAACGCCCUGGACAGCCAGCAACAUCCUGGGCGUGGUCAGACGCCUCGUGGCACCCCCGGCGUAUCCGCCUCAGCCCGACAGCGGCGAGGCGCCGCCGGUUCGCGACGCCAAAGCGCUCUGUGAGGAGGCCGGGCUCAACCUGUACAUCGGCGAGAUCAUCUACGCCGGCAGCAAGAAGUCGUCGUCUCCGGGGGCCUCGGCCCGCGAGGACGGGCUGGCCUGGACGCGCGACGCCGUUGACGCGGCCGAGGAGCAGCUGCACAAGCUGAACGACGACGACGCCACCGCGGGCCAGCGCCCGGACCCGGCCGCCCUGCGCACCUGCAAGGACUGCCUCAACACGGGGCUCGGCAACUGGGCCAAGAUGGUGGGGCGGCUGGCCCGGGAGGAGCGCGAGAGGCAGGAGGCAUUGGGGCCCGCACCCAAGGCCGCGGGCUGGUUCGCCUUCUGGGGUGACGGCGAGGCGGCCCUGAGGGCCGGCGAGGUUGGCAGGUGGACCGCCGAGGAGGAGGUCGUCAAGGAGAGGACACGACGGGCGCAGGAACUGUUGGACGAGCUCGAGGCCCCGCGGCCGGGCCUGGCCUCGCUGUUCUGGGCGUAG